AUGGAAAUGAGUUGAGCUUUAUGGUAAUGUUGGAUGGCGAGAGUUCCCUAUACUUAGGGCACUUAGGGCAAAGAGUAUAUUGUGAGCGAGCGGGUUGCAGUAGAGAUGUAAGCUGUACCCUGUUUGCCAAAGUCUAACCCACCCCAGACUGGCAGACAGGAUUACCCAUGAAUCAAGAAAGACAUCUGCGGUCAUUGCUGGUAGCGAGUCUGGUGUGGUGUUCUGACAGGCCCGAGUCGCACAGCACCCAUGGUUCGGAUCGUACUCGAGCAUCUUGACGUCAGCAUGUGAAGCGUCAAAAGUCAACCUCACCCAUUCCCAUAAAGAGCCCAGUGUGACAGACCGACUUCCGUAACCCAUCACAAACACCAACAACUACAUACCAGAUCAUCUCACCACACAGCCAAUCCAUUAAACUUGUGAAAUCAACAAUCCACCCACAAUGUGGCGCACAACUUUCAAAACCUCCCGCCCUCUCCUCUCGCGGGGCAUAAAGCCCACAACCCCAACCCACCUCCCUCUCCUCUACAAAACCGCUUCCCAGCGCUCCCCGCACACCUCCCCCAGCUCCAGCUCUAGCUCUAGCUCCAGCUCCAGCCCCAGCCCCAGCUCCAGCUCCAGCCCCAGCCCCAGCCCCAACCCGGCCCCGACCCCGUCCUCUGCCUACCUCUCGAGCCACCACCGCAACCGCCACCCGGAAUCCGACCUGGACCGCCACCUCCUGCGGCCGGAGUCCUACGAGACCUCGAAGAGCGGCACCGACGACGCGGCCGCCCACCACCCGUGGUCGUUCGACCCGGCCCUCACCGACCCGGCGCUGGAGGUGCUGGCCUCGGACGCCGAGUGCGCCCUCGACGACUACCGCGAGGACGACCCGCUGUACGUCAGCCCCGGCAACACGGAGGUCAGCCGGUUCCUGGACCCGAUGGCCGGCGGCGCCGCGCACAAUGCCGUCAAGCCCGGGUGUUCGGGCAUGGGGUGGACGCGGAAGGCGCAUGUGUUCCGGGUGCGCACGCAACCGGGGGAGAGCGGGUGGGGGAAGGGGUUUGAGCGGUAUGAGCGGGUUUUGCGGGAGAUUCGGCGGAGGAAGGCUGCUGAGGGGGGUGGUGUGGAGAGUGGUGUUGGGGGGGCUGGAAAGGAGGGGAAAAGGGGGAAGGGGUGACUUUUGUGUUUGAGAGUGGUGGUGGUGAGUAGGGUGGGAGAGGAUAGGGUUUGUAGGGCUGGAUGGGAAAUUCCGUGCUUUACUAUGCUUGUUUUGUGGUUGGGGUGGAGUUGGUUGGUGUUGUGGUUAUACUUGGUAUAUAUGCUUGGAUUAUAUCUCUUUUGACAGUAGGGUGGUCUAUUGCAGUGGCAUUUAUGUAAGGAACAUUCGACAUGCGAUGUGCAUUGUUUAUGUAUGACUGUUCA